AUGUCGAGGCUCUUUCCCCAACAACUCCGGAAGGAAUUUGAGAGGCGUCAGGCUGAUGCAGUUUUUGCAUUUCAGUUAAGGAACCCUGCGCAUAAUGGGCAUGCCUUAUUGAUGAAUGAUAGACGCAGGCGAUUUUUGGAAAUAGGUUACAAGAAUCCAAUUCUACUGCUUCAUCCUUUAGGAGGUUUCACAAAGGCUGAUGAUGUGCCUUUGGAUGUUCGGAUGGAACAACACAGCAAGAGUCUCACUUUGCUCUCCUCACAAUCAUCUGACUCAACAGCUCCGUUCCUGGAUCUUAGGCUGAUCCAAGGCUUAGUUUCCUUCCGGACAAGAGAACGCGUUAGAAUAGCCUAUAUAGGCCAACAGAACGAAAUAGAUCUCUCUUACUAUUCCCGGAGAUUAGUCAUAGCAUCCACUUGUGCUAACUCCUUGCCAAUCUCUUCAAGCGGGAGGCAAGACGAUGCUUGCGGAUCUGCAUCCCGUAAGAAAAUGAAAACGAAGUCAGAUCCUAUUGAUCUCUUACCGGCAGUGGGAUCUUCUUCUAUAGUCUCUUCUAAAGAGUUGGAUUAUAGGCUAUUCUAA